AGUGCAGGGCAGAGACCGCGACUGGGAAGCGUGAGAGUCAAACAGGCGAUAGGCGUGGUAGAGCUGGUCCGGUGCAGUUUGACGGACUGGAGCGGGGAGAUUAACGGGGCACGUUAUUGCUUUUUGGGAUGCAUUUAGAUUUAUUGUAUUCUCGCCUUCCUUCGCUUUCAUUGGUUAUCGCCACCUGAAUCACAUUUGGAUGAGACUCAUGUAUCACGACGUCUUAAGGCGUGGGGAAUGUGCUAAGUUAUCGGCCACUUCUCCACAGAGUUAAGAUGAGCGUUUCGCCUGUACCACACAGUCCUGGUGAUGCCACACAGGCGGUUGACCUCCCACUUCCAGAUGGCCUUCUGGCACAAGACCAGGCAUCACUGUCCACUAUCCUGCAGAGUCCCUCCUUCAGGGAAGAGCUGGAUAUCCUGAUCCAGGAUCAGAUGAAGAAGGACAGCAGCUCCUCCAGCCUGUGGGCCCUGCAGCGCAUUGCUGACUUCCUGUCUUCCUAUGGUGCCUCUGUGGCUCUCCCCACCUCGCCAUGUUCCUUGACGACAGUGAUGCCGAUCAAUGACCUGCGAGGCAGGGAUCCUGGCUCCAUGGCGAAGGGGGAGGGCCUGCAGCGCUGCAAACUGGCCAGCGUUUACCGCCUGUUGGACUUUUACGGCUGGGCCCGCCUCAGCCGCACAUACCUCACGCUGCGCGUGAGUAAGGAGCAGGAUCACUUCCUGGUGCUUCCAGACGGCUUGUCGUACAGCGAGGCGACGGCCUGCAGCCUGGUAAAGGUGAAUGUCCUGGGGGAGGUGGUUGAGCAGGGCAGCACCGCACUGGGGGUGGACCUUGGCGUCUUUGACCUGCAUGCUGCCAUCCACUCUGCCCGGCCUGACGUGCGCUGCCUGCUUCACCUUCAAACACCUGCCACGGCAGCGGUGUCAGCCAUGAAAUGCGGCCUGCUGCCGCUCUCCCACGAGGCCCUCCUGGUGGGUGGGGCAGCCUACUACAGCUACAGCGGCUGCCUGGAGGAGGCCAGCGAGAGGCUGGAGCUGCAGAGGAACCUGGGCCCCACCUGCAAGGUUCUGGUCCUAAGGAACCACGGUAUAAUGGCUCUUGGAGAAUCAGUGGAGGAGGCUUUCUACAUCAUCUAUCAUGUGCAGGCAGCCUGUCAGAUACAGGUGUCAGCCAUGUGCAGCGCUGGUGGAGAGAAGAACCUGAUCCUGUUAGACCGGGCCACCCAGAGGCCCUACCCGGCCGGCACUGUAGGCUGGGCGGGGUCCACUUUCGGCCCAAUGCACAAAAGCCGGCGCGGGGAGCACGAGUUUGAGGCACUAAUGAGGAUGCUUGACAACCUGGGCUACAGGACGGGCUACCCGUACCGCUUCCCAGUGCUGCGGGACCGAGCACAGGCACGGCGGGAGGUGGAGGUCGCCGCCAGCGGCAUGACUGCCCUCAGCCUGGAGUGGGCCGGGGGCCGGCGCCACCUGUGCCCACCCCCCCACGCCCAAAGGCAGCGGCAGGAGAGGGCCAAGUGGCUCAACACGCCCAACAGCUACUGCAGGGUGGACCAGACUCAGGACAGCCCAGGGUGGCAGCGCUGCACUUGGUUGAAGGCUCAGGAGCUGAAACAGGGAAGUGGCUUGGCCAUCAAGAUGGAAAAUCCCAACCAGUUUGUGCCUCUUUUCACCAAUCCCCAGGAGGUGCUGGAGACGCGCAGAAAGAUCCGUGAGCAGAACCGGCAGGAGGUGAAGUGGGCGGGGCCUCAGUCCCACGUCCUGGCCAGCAUGCUGUCCGACACGGAUCUUAACCAGGCCUCAGAGCCUAACCUGACCCAAACCGGGGCUCCCUCUGGCCCAGAUAACAGUACCGCUGAGCCUCCGCCGGCCCCAGAACCCGAGCCCCCCAACCCCUUCAGCCAGCUUACGGAUGAAGAGCUGGAAGAGUACCGGCUGGAGGUGCAGAGGAAGCAGCGCUUCGGCCUGAACGGAGCUGGGGCACAGCUGGUGGACAUGCAGGCCGCCUCCCCCACAGCCUCACCGAAGAUGGACGCCUCCAAUCCCCCACCAGAUGAGUUGCUGGUUGUGGCUCAAAAUGGAAACAAGGAGAACCAGAAUCAACAGGAGGAGGACCACCCUCUGGAGAGCGGGAUGAAGGCACUGUCCAUGGAGGAAACUAUUCCAGCCUCCCCCACAGCAUCCCCUGCUGAGCCCCCAUCCAAGUCGCCCACCAAGCCGCCUGCUGCAGAAGCCUCGCCCUGCAAGAAGAAGAAGAAGUUCAGGACCCCAUCAUUCCUCAAGAAGAGCAAGAAACAGAAUGUGAAGGUGGAGGCUUGAUGGGACAGACAGAUAUACAUACGAGACCCUUCCCUGUGCAAACAGGCUGCCUGGCUACCUCCCUCAUUAUUAUGGGCUGCCUGGCCCUUCCCCUCAUUACUACUGCCCCCCUGGCCCCCACUCAUUACCACAGGUUGCCUGGUCCCUCCCUCAUUACCACAGGGUUCUGGCCCCUCCCUCAUUACCACAGGGUUCUGGCCCCUCCCUCAUUACCACAGGGUUCUGGCCCCUCCCUCAUUACUAUAGGCCCCCUAACCUCUCCCUUAUUACUUCUUCCCCCCUGGCCCCUCCCUCCACUACGGGUGGCCUGGGCCCUCCCUCAUUGCCACAACCUGCUCCUGAGUCUGGUCCCUCAUUACAACACACAACAGCAUCAGUUACAUUACAUGACUUAUAUUACAUCGGUUACAAGAUUUCUGGUACAGCACACUGGAUCCCUAGAAGGUUUGCUGUUAUACCUUUGAAUAGGCAUGAAUAAGCUAGAAAGGCUCCAGUAAAAUAUCCAGCUGUAUAAUUCGGUUGAGCCCUUUGGAUAAAAAAAAAAAAUCAUCCAAGAUUCAAAAUAACCUUGCACAAGGGUUAAACUGACAUGCACAUCAGAGAAAAGAGCUGCAUUCUCCAUCGAUAGGUAUCACUAAGUAUCCAGAUGGACCCCAGAGGCAAAGGCAGGCACUGAUUUUAUUCUAACAACAGCAGGCAGUGAUGGCUUCUAUGUUUGCCAUUUUCAUUUCAAAAGCGAUGGCUGCCCUGCUCAGAUUGCAUCUUAGAUAAAUGAACAACCGAUAAGCGACAAUCCCUCAAUGAAUGUCUGAAAGGUAAAGAGUCAGUGAGGGGAAAAGGCAGAUUUUAUUUCUGCUUUGUAGCUCAUGGUUGUGCCUACAGGCCUGAUAUAGAUGUCUUUUCGUAUUCAUGGUUGACUCAUUGUAUAUUUAAAAUGUACUUGUAAAUAAGACUUGUAUCAGUAUUUUUCCCCUCUACAGGCAUGGCAGUAUCCCUUAAAUACUGUCAUUACUUGUGUUCCCAGUGUCUUUAACUGGUUUCCUGUUAGUCGUCAGUUGGAUUAGGACCUCCCAUUAAAGAUCCAAUCUGUUUUA